AGCGUCUAGAUGCUAGACGAUUCUUGCAAGUACUGUUAAAAAAAAACCUGCACAAUAAGCACUUACCAUCUUAUUGUUAGCCCGGAGAAUGACAAUGAGAAAAGUGUUUCAACGCAUCCUUCAACUACACAGAUUUCAAUCAGCACGUAAUCUCCAGAACGUGUCAAUAACCCAUUGAACCGCAAGAGGGCGUGCUGCACCCCCCCGCGACACGUCAUUCAAGCGUCGAUUCAGAACCGCUGUAAUUCUGACCGCCCUCCAGCAGAGGGCGAUAUCUGAGAAACGUCAGUGGUUGGUAGGAGCUACGUUUUGUUUUACUCAGCUGUUCCCUGCUUCUUGAACCCUGACCGAGCGGCUGAUGCAGUGGAGAGAAUUGCAUAAAAAUACAAAAAACAAGCGAAGUACCUGGCUCAGAUCGUGGUGAUGGGGGCGCAGGUGAUCGGGAGGGCGUUCGCGAAGGCGCUCAGGCAGGAAUUCGCCGCCAGUAAAGCCGCGGCCGAUGCACGAGGCCGGGCUGGUCAGCAGUCUGCAGCUGCUUCCAGCAUCUCCGGCAUGACGCUACAGGAGGCCCAGCAGGUCCUCAACGUCUCCACACUCUCCCCGGAGGAAAUUCAGAAGAACUACGAGCACUUGUUUAAAGUUAAUGACAAAUUGGUUGGUGGGUCUUUCUAUUUACAGUCAAAGGUGAGCUGUGCUUUUAUGUUCUAUUUUUUAUUUAUAUUUUUUAAAAUUUGGAAUCGCCAAUUAUUUUUUCUCAUUUUCUCCCCAGUUUGGAAAGCCCAAUUAUUGUUUAUUUCAACAUAUCUCACCGCCGCCAGCCCCGCGCUGACUCGGGAGAGACGAAGACGGACACACAUGUCCUCCGAAACGUGUGCCGUCAGCCAUCUGCUUCUUUUCACUGUGCCUGCCGUGCAGCCACCUCAGAGCUACAGCGUCGGAGGACCACGCAGCUCUGGGCAGCUUACAGGCAGGCUCGCAGGUGCCCGGCCAGACUACAGGGGUCGCUGGUGCGCGGUGAGCUGAGGACGACCUGGCCAACCUGAGCCCUCCCCACCCGGGCAGCGCUCGGCCAAUUGUGCGCCGCCCCCGGGAACUCCCGUCCACGGUCGGUAGUGGACUCGAACCGCCGAUCUCCAGGCUAUAGGGCGCAUCCUACACUCCACGUGGAGCACCUUUACCGGAUGCGCCACUCGGGAGCCCUGUGCUUUAUUUUCUGUUCUCAUAAUAUCCCUGAGGGAACUGGAUUCUCUGAAAGCAACACCAUCAGCUGUCAGAGUCUCCUACUCGGUGCUAAACUUCAGUGAGUCAUUCAUAACUUCAGAAUGCUCAAUCACAAUGCUAAGGUAGAACUAUAAGAAAUUAGUGCACUGAAGAAGGCACAAGAAGAAACAUCACUUGGCUUUCUUUUAGUUUUCCCUGAUCACGAGUGAGACGAGGCUGGCCGUGCUGCAGUGGGGUCUUGAUGGCUGUGUCUGUCUGUGAUUGUCUCCCCAGGUGGUGCGUGCCAAGGAGCGGCUGGAUGAGGAGCUGGAGAUUAAGAAGCAGGACCAGAGCUCCGAGACACGGAGUAAAACACAGCAGCACCCCGAGACCUGAGCGCAGGCAGCACCCUCCCCUCCCCUCCCCUCCCCUGUAAAUUAUAUCUCCAAAAUAAAAUCCCUUUUCAGUACUUA